GAAGCUUCAAAUCCAUCUCUUCCUUUUGAUCACUUCCUUUUUCAGCUCUCUCUUACGACUAUAGAUAAUUAUGUCCGUCACUUUGCUUGAAGCUUAAAACCAAUGGCAAUAACUCAAAACCCUUCCCAAACGCAGAAUAUGAUCUUCGAUUGCUCCUCAAUGGAGAAUCCAAAAACGGGAGAUGAAUCUACUGAUUAUUUCAAAAUAUGUCGGGUUUUGAGUUUUGGCAAUUCAGAUCUAAAAAAAAAUGAGCACCGAUCGGACAUGCAAUGGCUCCUUCUGGACUAAGGAGGAGGAUAAAAUCUUUGAGAAUACCCUGGCGGUCUACUCUAGUGAUGAUGAUCUAUUGAUGAUGAUGGCAGCAGCACUUCCGGGGAAAUCACUUGAAGAUAUAAAAAAUCACUAUGAGGUAUUAGUUGAGGAUGUGAAUGCGAUUGAGUCUGGACUUGUUCCUUUACCUCGAUAUCGGAAUAUGCAAAGCCAUUCCCGCAAUAAAAGUAGAUUACCAAAAGCAGAUGUAGAACGGCGAAAAGGGGUCGCUUGGACAGAAGAGGAACACAAGUUGUUUCUUAAGGGGUUAGAUAAAUAUGGAAAGGGUGAUUGGAAAAGUAUAUCCAGGCACUGUGUGCUAUCUAGAACACCACAACAGGUGGCUAGCCAUGCCCAAAAGUUUUUCAAUCGCCGCGAAGGCGUCAACAAAGAGAGGAGAAGAGCAAGCAUUCACGACAUAACUAGUGUGGAUACUGAAACUGCUGGAACUUCCCAAGUACCAAACCCCGAGAACAUGAUUGGACCUGCUGGAGGAGGAUCACAAGUGACGGCAAGCACUAACGAUAUGACUGGAGCUGUUGACAGCAGGGUGGUAUCAACUGGUGUUGGCACGUUUACCUCCCCAGUUGCUGCCAUAGAAAAUAAGAGCGUGUUGCCCCAAGAAAUCACAAUUGCUGAGCCGGUGAUAGCAGUUUCUGGAGGAGAGUCCUCAGGCCCUGGUGCUGCCUUUGUCAAUGAAGUGAAUCGUCUGUACCAUAAUGUGAAUGAUGACUUCAUAUUAGGUAUAGAUGAACUAAUCAUGGAGCAGGAGGGCACUUAUGAAGCUGGGAUUCAGGUUGACACUGAUAGAUCCCUAUUACCCAGCCAACAACCAUCUACUGCUGCUGGCAAUGAAAUGUACUGUCAUCCUGUCACUAGAAUUGGGAGUGAACUAGAAGCGUUAAUCACUGAGCAUAUGGUCGAAGACAACGAAAUCAGUUCUAUUUUUGACGUUGGAAAAACACCAUCAUCUCAUGCAAUGCUGUCCAGCACUGCUCAUAGUGGAAUGUCCAGUUAUACAGUUGCUGCUCACAGUGGAAUGUCCAGUUAUACAGUUGCUGCUCACAGUGGAAUGUCCAGUUAUACAGUUGAUGCUCGCAGUGGAAUGUCCAGUUAUACAGUUGCUGCUCACAGUGGAAUGUCCAGUUAUACAGUUGAUGCUCACAGUGGAAUGUCCAGUUAUACAGUUAAUGCUCACAGUGGAAUGUCCAGUUAUACAGUUGGUAGCUUCGGUUCUAAUAAUGCACCUGAGAACAGGGUGGCUGCUCCAGGCGGAGGUUUAACCAUUGACUCUCAGCAAUUACCUUCCAUUGCACCCUCAUCUAACUUUGGUGUUGGAGUAUGCCCCAACUCAAACACCAGCGUUCGCGAUGAAGGCAUCUUUUAUCUGGGUGACCUGUUCACAGAUCAUAUGAUCUGAGUUGGCUAAGUGGAAAAGAGGCUGUUAAUGUUGAUACUAUACUUGGUUUUUUGAAGACUUAUUCCAUUAGACUAAAAUGAGGGUGAUAUUGUGUAGCAUAAUAUUUAUACUGUGGACGCAUUAUUCUGCAGUUUAGCGCUACUUGGUAUUUUGAAGACUUAUUCCAUUAGAGUAAAAUGAGGGUAAUAUUGUGUAGCAUAAUAUUUUAUACUGUGGACUGCGCUAGUGUUUCCUCUUGAAUUUACAUAUUUCACAAAA